AUGGCAAACAACGCCCCAACAGACCCGUCGCCUACCUCUAAAGCUGACAUCGCGGAUGUGCCUACCAUAUCCCAUGCCGAGAGCAGCCAAGUACACUCCAAAUGGAAGUCUGCCAAGGUCGCCGAUGGCGACACAGCCAUGACGCUGUUUGAUGACCCCGACGAACUUCAUGAAGAAAUCGAUCCCGUCGAGGCAAGAAAGCUGCUGUGGAAGAUUGACUUUAUGAUUCUUCCUUACCUCGCUGUCUGUUACGCCUUUUUCUACAUCGAUAAAACAACGUUGAGCUAUGCCGCUAUCUUCGGCAUCCGCGAUGACUUGCAUUUGCAUGGAACUCAGUACAACUGGCUGAGUAGUAUUUUCUAUUUCGGUUUCUUGGCUUGGGCAUUCCCCACUAACUUUCUGAUGCAACGGCUUCCAAUUGGCAAAUACUUGGGGGCCAACAUCUUCAUGUGGGGUGUCUUUCUUAUGAUCCAAGCAGCAUGCAACAGUUUCGAGACACUCGCAGUCCUCCGAGCCCUUGGUGGAGCCGCCGAAGCUUGCUCCGAUCCAGCUUUCAUGCUCAUCACAAGCAUGUGGUACACUCGGCGCGAACAACCCGUCCGUAUCGGGUUGUGGUAUACUGCCAAUGGGAUUGGUAUUGCUCUUGGCGGACUUCUGGGGUACGGCAUAGGUCACAUUCGAGGUGCCUUGCCUUCCUGGAAAUACGAAUUCAUCGUCAUUGGAGCACUAUGCGCAACUUGGGGAAUUAUCAUGUUUAUCUUCCUCCCUGAUUCGCCAGUCAACGCCCCUGGUCUCACGAAGAGGGAGCGCCGUAUUGCGGUCGAUCGUAUCAGAGAGAACCAGACGGGUGUGGAAAACAAGCAUCUGAAGCCAUAUCAAAUUAUUGAGGCCUUCAAGGACUACAAACUCUACAUGUUCUUUAUUUUGGGUGUAGUGUGCAACGUCCCAAAUGGCGGUAUUUCGAAUUUCGGAACCAUUAUUAUCAAGGGUUUCGGUUUCUCUACACUAGUGACAAGUCUUAUGCAGAUCCCGUACGGUGUUUUGAUUGCACUUUCAAUUCUGACAUGUGUCUACCUCAAUGAUCGCUUCGAGAAUCGCCGAUGCGUAUUCGUUCUAAUUUUCCUGAUCCCGAAUCUCGUCGGCGCCUUUGGUCUUCGCUUCUUCCCCACUCAUCACGGCGUUGGUCGACUUAUUUGCUAUUACCUGACAGGCCCUUACAAUGCUGCUUUCGUCCUAAUUCUCAGUAUGCAGAUCGCAAACACUGCAGGGCACACAAAGAAGGUAGUCACCAACGCGGUUCUGUUCCUGGGUUACUGCACUGGAAACAUUGCUGGUCCAUUUUUCUAUAAGACUGAUCAAUCACCGACAUAUCCUCUUGGCAUUUGGUCUAUGAUUGUCUCACAUUUAAUCGAAGCGGUGCUUAUUACCAUUCUCGGACUCCUUCUGCGGUGGGAGAAUAAAAAACGUGACCGAAUCCAAUCUCAAAUGCCAGGGGGCCUCGAGGGUCGCGAUCUAGACUCAACUGCAUUCCUUGACUUAACUGACCGUGAGAACCUGAAUUUCCGGUACAUCUAUUGA